AUGCCAAAAUACACCGCCAUCAUCAAGUACGACAGCCCCGAGGCCUACCAGCAACACGGGACCCAGAUCGAGCAGAUCGCAAGAGACGUCUUCACUGCCAAAGGCGCCACCGACCUCGCCCCCUUCUUCUCGACGAGGAACAUGCCGCCCACGCAUCGCACCUCAUUCGUCGUCCCCGACGGUGUCUCGCCCGAUGAGCUGAAGAGCGCUGGGCUGCCGGAGGGCGUGAGCUGCGAACUCUCCCAGGCGUGA